UUCAGCUGGCUCUAGCGGACCAUGUCCCAACACCUGCUCCUCCCAGUUGUCAUCCUGGUGGUCAGCCCUAUCCCAGGAGCCUUCCAGGACUCAGCUGCCAGUCCUACCCAAGGAGAAUUUGAAGACCUAGACUGCGGCCGCCCUGAGCCCUCUUCCCGCAUCGUGGGGGGCUCCGACGCCCAUCCUGGCACUUGGCCAUGGCAGGUGAGCCUGCAUCACGGUGGGGGCCACAUCUGCGGGGGCUCCCUCAUCGCCCCUUCCUGGGUUCUCUCCGCCGCUCACUGUUUCGUGACGAAUGGGACCUUGGAACCCGCUGAAGAGUGGUCAGUCCUGCUGGGCGUGCACUCCCAGGACGGGCCCCUGGAAGGCGCGCACGAGCGCGCAGUGGCCGCCAUCGUGAUGCCGGUCAACUACAGCAGAGCGGAACUGGGCUACGAUUUGGCCCUGCUGCGCCUGGACUCGCCUGCCAGGCUGGGCCCCUCGGUGCGGCCCGUCUGCCUGCCUCGCGCCUCUCACCUCUUCGCUCACGGCACCACCUGCUGGGCCACCGGCUGGGGAGACGUCCAGGAGGCUGACCCUCUGCCUCUCCCCUGGGUGCUACAGGAAGUGGAGCUAAAGUUGCUGGGAGAGGCUGCCUGUCAGUGUCUCUACAGCCGGCCUGGCCCUUUCAACCUAACUUUCCAGCUGUUGCCAGGGAUGCUGUGCGCUGGCUAUCCAGAGGGACGAAGGGAUACCUGCCAGGGUGACUCUGGGGGACCGCUGGUCUGUGAGGAUGGCGGCCGCUGGUUCCAGGCGGGAAUCACCAGCUUUGGCAUUGGCUGUGGACGCAGGAACCGCCCUGGGGUCUUCACUGCAGUGGCUCCCUACGAGUCAUGGAUACGGGAACACGUGAAGGGCUCAGAGCCUGGGCCUGCCUUUCCCAGCCAGCUCCAGAAGCCCCAGUCAGGACCCUGGGAGCCGGGAGAAGAAAACUGCAGCUUUGCCCAACCAGAGUGCGGGAAGGCUCCGCGGCCGGGAACGUGGCCCUGGGAGGCUCAGGUGAUGGUGCCAGGCUCCAGACCCUGCUAUGGAGCUCUGGUGUCUGACAGCUGGGUCUUGGCACCCGCCAGCUGCUUUCUGGACCAGCAGCCCCGCAUCUCUGACAGCUCAUCCGUGGCUCUCGAGACGUGGCGGGUGCUGCUGCCCUCGCGGCGGGAGGAAGAGCGGGUGGCGCGCCUCGUGCCGCACGCGAACGCUUCCAGGGACUCCGCCUCGGACCUGGCGCUGCUGCAGCUGAGGACGCGCGUGAACCUGACCGCGGCCCCGAGUGCCGUGUGCCUGCCCCACCGCGAGCACUAUUUCCUGCCCGGGAGCCGCUGCCGCCUGGCUCGCUGGGGACGCGGGGAGUCCGCACCAGCUAGCGCACAGCUGGAGGCGCAGCUGCUCAACAGCUGGUGGUGUCACUGCCUCUACGGCCGCCAGGGGGAGUCAGUGCCGCCGCCGGGACACCCGCCGCACUGGCUUUGCCCCGCCUACCAGGAGGAGGAAGAGGCGGGCCUAUGCUGGAAAGAUUCCGGUUGGAGCCUUCUGUGUCGUGAGGAGGGGACGUGGUUCCUGGCUGGAUACAGAACCCUCUCAAAUGCUUGUCUCCCUCCCCGAGCCUUUUACCCACUGCAGACUCAUGGGCUAUGGAUCAGUCAUGUGACUCAGGGAGCUUACCUGGAGGACCAGCUAACCUGGGACUGGGGCCCUGAGGGGGAGGAGACCGAGAAACAGACCUGUCCCCCACGCACUGAGCAUGGUGCCUGUGGCCUAAAGCCAAAAGCCACUGCAGCUGGUGUGUUGUGGCCCUGGCUGACAGAGGUGCAUGUGACUGGUGAUCGAGUCUGCACCGGGAUUCUGGUGGCCCCAGGCUGGGUCCUAGCAGCCACUCACUGUGUUCUCAGGCUGGGCUCCACAAUAGUGCCUCACAUUGAAGUAUAUCUGGGCCGGGCAGGGGUCAGCACCCUCCCACAGGGCCACCAGGUAUCUCGAUCCGUCGUCAGCAUCCGACUGCCCCGCCACUUAGGACUUAGACCCCCCCUGGCCCUCCUGGAGCUGGACUCUCGGGUGGAGCCGUCCCCAUCAGCUCUUCCCAUCUGCCUACACCCAGGGGCUAUUCCCCCAGGGGCCAGCUGCUGGGUGCUGGGCUGGAAGGACCCCCAGGACCGAGUUCCUGUAGCUGCUGCUGUCUCCAUCUUGACACCACGACUCUGUCACUGCCUCUACCAGGGCAUUCUGACUCCCGAAACAUUUUGUGUCCUCUACACAGAGGGGCAGGAGGAUAGAUGUGAGGUGACCUCAGCACCUCCCCUCCUGUGCCAGACUGAGGGAGGCCCCUGGGUUCUCAUGGGCAUGGCUGUUCGAGGGAGCAGGGAGCUGUUCGCAGCCGUGGACCCUGAAGCAACCUGGAUAUCGCAAACAGUGGGAGAAGCCCAUUUUCUUCAUCUCAGUGGCUCCCCCUACUGGCAUCCUGAAGGCAGUGACCACUGCCCCCAAAACUUGGCAGGAGCUGCAAGCUCCCCUAAGGUUGCUGCUCUGCUCCUGCUCCUAUCGGUUCCACUGAUCCGGGGCUGAGCGCAUGGCUCCUCUUCACGACACCCAUUGGGGCCGGAAUGUGGCCCAACCGGCCGGCUCCAGGCCUCUUCCACCUAUACUGCUUCAGCUUUCAGAUAAUUGGACCUCAGUGCCGGCUACGUUGAACCUAAGAAUCCUUGGGGGUGGGGGAGGGACAGACAAUAAAGAUGUAAAUACAGA